CCUCAAGCGUACCGGCGCCCUACGUUCGAGCGAUCAGCUAGUCAGCCCUUGACCUUGCCGCGCAAUAUUACAAACCCAUUAGUGUGCCAGGCUAUUCAUCUCUUCCUAUCGGACACGGUCAUGCAUGCCUCUGCAGGAUCAUCAUCCAGGGGUCACUUCACUGAUCUAAUUCAUCUCAUCGAAGCCUCGGAUCGCGGGACAAACGCGUUACCGGCCGCACUGGAAGCUGCAGCGCUAGCUUCUCUGGCGAGUCGCUUAGGUUAUGCAGAUGUGCAUCUGGAAGCUGCUCGCCGAUAUACGGUAGCAGUACGUCGACUACGCACAACAUGUCUGAACUCAAAGCGAAAGUCACGGGCCAUGAUUGCGUCUAUCCUGCUACUCAGCAUUUACGAGGUCCGUAGGUUCGAACGCAAACUUGCACUGUACGCUCUCGCUGAUCGCGUUGUGGUUAAUUGAUCAGAUGAUCCGUGCAGAUUCCAGCGCGGACCACAACUGGCUGCAGCACUUUCAUGGAAUGAUCGCAGUGAUGAGAACAUUCUUUCACUACGGUGAGGCACCGGCUCUUGACGUCCGCCUACUUGUACUUGUCGCAGACGAGCUGCCAAAUGCUGACGACCUGACCGCAUCGCCGCCCGUUAACAACUGCUCGAUCGCUUCGCAGCCCUUAUCUGACCGGGUCAAUGAUCUCUGGGCCAUCCUGCCGAGGGUCCAAAGUCUGUUCAAACGGUCGGCUUCGAUCUUGCAACCGGAUAGUAUCCAAUACGAGUCGACGUUGAGACGGCUCAUGAGCGAAAUCCUGGCCUUCAAGGCUGAGCUUCGUACGUGGUCAUCGUGGCAGCCCGAAGCUAUGAAACCAACAACAGCCGUACGAUUCACUCAGGCGUACACCUUGCGAUUCCCAGCGGUCGAAGACCUCCUAUGUCCGAUCACACGUGCUGAUACAUAUGCUGAUUACUUCGUGGCCGGGAUGUGGAUGUCUUACCGCCAGUGUCAACUGCACUUGACGAACCUCCUGUGUCGAAUCAGUAGAACCCUCAGCAAAGAUCCCGAAGCCUACGAUAGAAGUAGAGAGCAUGCCAAAUUGCAACGCGAGGUCCAAGAUCUUGUCGAUGACAUGUACGCAGCCAUUCCCUUCAUGCUGGUCGGUGAGCAGAUACGCGGAAGCAGGCCGGAAGGCUCCCUUUGGAAUCAUGCUCGGCCCCCCAUGCUUCUUGGUGGACUGGACCUCCAGUGGACAUUGUUCACUGCAUCAAUCCUUGAUAUUGUCUCAUCAGACGUCAGGCGUAACAUUAGGAGUAUCCUCCUAUGGAUUGGUGAGAACCUUGGCCUCGGACAAGCAACUGUACUGGCUUGCAUGGAUACCAAUCCACCUGGAGGCGUCACCGCGAAGGGAGACGCUCUUAAGUGGGCAGGCUUCCUGCUUUGAUCAAUGCUAUCGGAGUUUGUGCACGACAAGCCUCUAGCCCCGCGUUCCUGAUAAGCGAGAUGGACCGUCA